AUGCAUUCCGCUUCCGCCGCCGCCCUCCGCGCCGCGCCCAAGCCGAGACCCAAGCAGCACCCUCUCCGCUCCUUUCCGGCAUCCGCGAGCGCGGACGCGGCGGGUGGUGAUCACCACCCCACGGCCUACUACGCCGCCCUCCUCGGCUCGCUCUCCCGGGAGUGCCGGCACGCCCACCACCCGUUCGACGCGAGUCCUAACCGAACUCAUCAGGCGCGGGCAUGCGGGGUCCUGCACGCACGGAUCCUGCGCCUCGGCCUGCCCCUCCGGGGCCGCCUCGGCGACGCGCUCGUCGACCUGUACGGCAGGUCCGGCCGCGUGGGCUACGCCUGGCGCGCGCUGGGCUGCUGCACCGGGGCUCCAGUGUCAGGCGCGGUGGCGAGCUCGGUGCUGUCCUGCCACGCGCGGUUAGGGACCCCUCGGGACGUUCUCGAUGCGUUCCAGCGUAUCAGGUGUUCCAUUGGCGGCACGCCGGACCAGUUUGGCCUUGCGGUGGUUCUGUCCGCGUGUUCGCGGCUGGGUGCUCUCGAGCACGGCAGGCAGGUGCAUUGUGACGUGCUGAAGAGCGGGUUCUGCUCCAGUGCCUUCUGUCAGGCGGGGUUGGUGGACAUGUAUGCCAAAUGCGGUGAGGUCAACGAUGCGAGGAGGGUGUUUGAUGGGAUUGCUUGCCCGGACACAAUAUGCUGGGCUAGCAUGAUUGGGGGUUACCAUCGGGUUGGACGCUACCAGCGAGCGCUGGCUUUGUUUUCUAGGAUGGAGAAGAUGGGCUCUGUCCCAGACCAGGUAACCUGCGUUACUAUCAUUUCCACUCUUGCAAGCAUGGGCAGACUGGUCGAUGCGAGAACUUUGCUGAAGAGGAUACAAAUGCCAAGCACGGUUGCUUGGAAUGCUGUUAUCUCAAGUUACUCACAAAGCGGUCUUGAGGGUGAAGUGUUUGGCCUGUAUAAGGAUAUGAAGAGACAGGGAUUGAUGCCAACUAGGUCCACUUUUGCGAGCUUGCUAAGUGCAGCAGCCAACAUGACAGCAUUUGAUGAAGGUCAGCAGAUGCAUGCAGCGGCAGUAAAGCAUGGUUUAGAUGCAAAUGUUUUUGUGGGCAGUUCACUGAUCUACCUGUAUGUGAAACAUGGAUGCAUCUCUGAUGCAAAGAAGGUGUUUGACUUCUCCACUGAAAAGAACAUUGUCAUGUGGAAUGCAAUGCUUUAUGGGUUUGUUCAAAAUGAGCUCAAAGAAGAGACCAUUCAGAUGUUUCAGUAUAUGGGGAGGGCUGAUCUUGAGGCUGAUAAUUUUACAUUUGUGAGUGUCCUUGGCGCGUGUAUUAACUUGGUUUCACUUGAUUUAGGUAGGCAGGUACAUUGUAUAACAAUCAAGAACAGCAUGGAUGCAGACUUGUUUGUUGCUAAUGCAAUGCUAGAUAUGUACUCAAAACUUGGAGCAAUUGAUGUUGCGAAAGCACUGUUCAGUCUCAUUCCAGGCAAGGAUAGUGUAUCCUGGAAUGCUCUUAUAGUUGGGCUUGCACAUAAUGAAAAGGAGGAAGAAGCGGUCUAUAUGCUUAAAAGGAUGAAGUUCUACGGUAUAGCACCAGAUGAGGUGUCUUUUGCAACUGCAAUUAAUGCCUGUUCCAACAUUCGGGCUACUGAGACUGGAAAGCAGAUUCAUUGUGCAUCUAUCAAGUAUAAUGUCUGCACAAAUCAUGCUGUUGGCAGUUCUCUGAUUGACCUGUAUUCAAAGUUUGGAGAUGUAGAAUCUUCUAGGAAGGUUUUGGCACAUGUGGAUGCAAGCAGCAUAGUUCCAAUAAAUGCGCUAAUUACAGGUCUUGUGCAGAACAAUAGAGAAGAUGAAGCCAUAGAGUUAUUUCAGCAAGUGCUAAAAGAUGGUUUCAAGCCGUCUAACUAUACAUUUGCAAGCAUCCUUUCUGGGUGUACUGGACCUGUCAGUUCAGUUAUUGGCAAACAAGUCCAUUGUUACACACUGAAAUCUGCUCUUUUGAAUCAGGAUACUUCACUUGGCAUCUCUCUGGUUGGAAUAUAUUUGAAGUGGAAAUUGCUUGAGGAUGCAAACAAACUCUUAGCAGAGGUGCCAGAUCACAAAAACCUGGUUGAGUGGACAGCUACUAUUUCAGGGUAUGCUCAAAAUGGUUACAGUGAUCAAUCUUUGGUGAUGUUUUGGAGAAUGCGCAGUUAUGAUGUUCGUUCAGAUGAGGCAACAUUCGCUAGUGUUCUGAAAGCUUGUUCUGAGAUAGCAGCUCUUACAGAUGGAAAAGAGAUACAUGGCCUCAUUAUCAAAUCUGGUUUUGUUUCUUAUGAAACUGCAGUCAGUGCCCUCAUGGACAUGUACUCCAAGUGUGGCGAUGUUAUUUCUUCCUUUGAAAUCUUCAAGGAAUUGAAAAACAAGCAAAAUAUAAUGCCAUGGAACUCCAUGAUUGUUGGUUUUGCGAAAAAUGGUUAUGCAAACGAGGCACUUCUUCUCUUCCAGAAGAUGCAAGAAUCACAACUAAAGCCUGAUGAAGUCACACUCCUUGGUGUUCUCAUUGCUUGUAGCCAUGCUGGUUUAAUUUCCGAAGGCCGGGAUUUCUUUGAUUCUAUGAGCCAAGUUUAUGGGAUAGUGCCCAGAGUAGAUCACUAUGCAUGUCUCAUUGAUCUACUUGGGCGUGGUGGUCAUCUUCAAGAAGCUCAAGAAGUUAUUGACCAGUUACCCUUCAGAGCUGAUGGUGUGAUCUGGGCUACAUACCUUGCAGCAUGUCAAAUGCACAAGGAUGAAGAAAGAGGGAAAGUUGCAGCAAAGAAACUUGUUGAGAUGGAACCACAAAGCUCAUCCACGUAUGUGUUCCUUUCAAGCUUGCAUGCUGCGGCUGGUAACUGGGUCGAAGCUAAGGUAGCCAGAGAAGCAAUGCGAGAAAAAGGGGUGAUGAAAUUUCCAGGGUAUAGUUGGAUCACAGUGGGUAACAAAACAAGCUUAUUUGUUGUACAGGGCACACAUCAUCCGGACACUCUGAGCAUCUACAAAAUGCUUGAUGGUCUAACUGGAAUGAUGAAUAAAGAUGACAGAAUUGAGGAAUAUGAUCUGCGUAGCCUGUGUGGAAUGCUUACUUGA